CACUAUUUAAUCCACUCCAGACCAUCAUACCAUCUUCGUCUUAGAUAAGUAGUGAAGGACCACAUUACCAGAGGAGUAUUUUUUGUUAAUGUAACUUCUAUCACCCUAUUUCUUUCCAAAUAAAUGUUCCUAAAUCUUGGAGAAGACUCGUGGAUGGCAGUCCACAUCGUACAGAUGAAAAGGUUAUUGAAGCAGGCUCAAACCUCCUUCUAGCAUGCUUAAAUCCAAUUGCACAGAACACUGCCAAAAACACGACGAUGACAGCGCUGUGAGCCAUGACAGCCCCACAGUCCUGGGUGCUCUGAUCCUCAGCUUGGUCUUCCUUGUGGGCGUCCCCGGCAACCUCUUCAUCAUCUGGAGCAUCCUGGCACGCAUCAAACAGCGCUCGGUCACCACCCUCCUCAUCCUCAACCUGGCGUGUGCAGACGGCUUCCUCAUGGCCUUAACCAUCUUCUUCAUCGUCUACCUGGCCAAACAGACGUGGGUCUUCGGUGAAGCCAUGUGUAAAGCCCUGUUCUACCUGUGCAACACCAACAUGUACGCCUCAAUCUUCAUGAUCACGCUGAUGAGCGUGCACCGGAUGGUGGUCGUGGUGUUGCCCAGGAGAGUGUCCUCCAAAGUCAGCAGGAAGAUUGUGAAGAGAGUGAUCGUAGGCACAUGGGCGUUGGUGAUGGUCAUUUCUAUCCCCUCACUGGUGUUUCGAGGAGUGAGAGAGGACAUUGUAAGCAAUGAACGGAAUACAACAAAAAAUGUGUGUACACCCAAUCACACACUGCCUCAACACGUGAGGUUUCAUUAUACCCUGGAGACGGUGGUGGGAUUCAUUCUUCCUUACACAGUCAUCAUAACCUGCUACGUCCUCAUCCUGAGACGCUUGAGGAAGACCCAGUUCAGCCGAAAGGUCCGCAGCGAGAAUCUCAUCCUGGCUAUUGUGGUGAUGUUCGGCGUUUUCUGGCUGCCGUACCAUGUGAUCAACAUAAUACAGGUGGUAGCUCAGUGGUACCCCGAGGGCGAAGCAAGAAAAAUAUUGGACAAGAUCUCCUCGAAAAGCCGUGCAGUGACUUCAGCUUUCGCCUUCAUCAGCAGCUGUGCCAAUCCCAUCCUCUACACCUUUGCUGGAAAGUCAUACAUCAGGCAGAACGGCUUCACCUUCAUGGCUCGGCUCUUUGAGGGCACGUCACUGGACCAAACACGAACCAAAAAGAGUAAAGACACUGAGGGACUUAGUAUCGCUGACUCCUCAAAUGGCACAGGACUUCCUCUUGUUUCAGCAAAAAUGGAAGACAAGAGUUGAAUAAACCUUGUGUAUACAAAUUAGCUCUCUAUGAAAGUGAAAUUUUGUUUUAAAAAAAUACACGUGGAGCGUGUAGAUUUGGGGUAAAGCAACAUUUUACAAAAUCAAAGCAUGAGCUAAGAGCUGACUGAGAAGUAUUUUGUUUUGUAAAUAGUAUUGAAAGGAACAAGUCUGACUGGAAGUCUGCAGUGCAAAGACAUGAAAUUAAAUUUUUACCCACGCUGAAUAUCAAAACUGCAAACACUUUUUUUUUUUUUUUAUAUUUUGUGGCAGUUACAGAGCCUAAACUUUAAAUAAGAAACACUAUUACUGGUAACAUACAGUACUGCAUCUACUUGAGGAACAAUGAGAUUGUGAGACAAACAUGAAUGUUCAUUAUUUAACAGGUAACACUGUCAAUCACUUUUUUGUUAUACAGUAUUCAUUAAAAACAACUUAUCGUAAAGGAGACAUUUUAAGUUACUAUAUUGUCAUCCAUUGAGACACCCGAGCAUGUUGUAAAAAGCUGUGUAUUGACUACACAACUGCACCUAUUUCUUAUUGUUCAUAAUUAAAACUUGGAUGAAAUCUUAUGGUAGACUCUUGGCCCCAUCAGGGUCCACAAGACUCUGCUUGGGAACCGGGGGUGGCCGUUUCAAACCCCUGUAAAGAGUGGACUGGUAGCUGAGAGAUGCCAGUUUACCUCCUGCAGCCCUCUCACUCUGACAUCAAUGUGUAGGUCCAGUUGUUCAUUUCAGGCCCAUGUAAUGUGCUCUGUACCAAAUUUUUGCAUUUUGUUUGUUGCAAAAUAUAGAUUGCAGCUUUAGUAUUCAUUUUCGCACCAAUUUAUUGCUUUUAAAGCA